GUAACAGUGGUGACUGCAGCAGCGACAGUGAGAGUGAGGAGCGUCCGGUGGGCUUGUCCUGCCUGGUGCGGAUAGACAGCUGGAUACAGUUCCUUGGAGAUCCACAGGCAGCCCCCACCUUGCCCUGCAGCUGAGGCACAAACUCCAUGCACUUGUCCUCCGCCGGCUGAGAGCGCCCAACAAGCCCCUGACGCAGAACGAUGAGGACGUGGUGCGAGUGGUGGGAGCAGCACUGAGUCAGGAGGAGCAGGCUCUCAACAUGGUGCAGCCGGCAGGGGUGGGGCAGCGACCACGCCCUCUCUAUCCACACAGCCAUCCACACGAAGGUGGCUGGUCUGUUGGCACCUCAGAUGACUCGCAGUCCAGCCACUCAUCCUCCAGAAGAACCAGUGAUGCUGCAACUCCCCCAGCACCCCAGCACACCCCAGCACCCAAGUUCCCCCAGCAGACAGCCUCCAAGCUCCCCCAGUCACCCACCACCAACACCAAUGCUAAUACUCUCAUGUCACCCGGAUUCAACCAAACAUCGGCCCAAUCAGCUCCCAAAAUUGGUUCUGGGGCGUCAGGAGGGAAAUUCAGUGUGCCCUUUGGGGGUAGUAAGGCUCCGGGUGGGUCCUCUGCUCCCCCACCCCCUGCCAACAAGGGUGUGGUGGGGGGAAUGGGUAUCGGGGGCAACAAGUUGGGGAAUAAGGAUAUGAAAGGAAUGUACCGUAACAACAACAACAGCCACGGUAGCAACAACCCUCACAGCACCACCACCAGUACCACACCUAACAACAACAACAACAAGAGCAAUGCCACCACUGGCACCACCACUACCCCCAGCACUGAGGGUGGAGGUGGGGGUGGUGGUGGUGGGGUAGCGAGUACUGUGGGAGCCAGCUGCUCCGGCCCCUUGGGAGGCAAGACGAGGUACUUCAUCAUCAAGGCGUCACUGUACAAGCAGCUGGAGGCCUCACACCACACCUCCCUCUGGGCCUUCACCCACAACACUGAGAAGAAGAUACUGCAGGCCUGGCAGGGGGGACAGGCAACAGUGCUGCUGAUCUUCACUCUUCACCGCGGUGGCCAGUUCAACGGGUACGCUCGUUUCCUGGCUCAGCGGACUGAUGAGAAGUGCCCGGAGAUCACCAAUGUCGGCCCCACUCUUGGCCCACUGUACAAGGUGGAGUGGGUCAAGAAGUGGAACGUUGGCUUCCACCACACGCGGCGACUGUACAACCCCUACAACGACAACCUGCAAGUCCACCUCAGUCGGGAUGGCCAGGAGGUGGAGCCUGGCAUUGGGGAGCAGCUCAUCCGCCUGUGGGAGAGAGGACCUGGUGGAGGAGGUGGGGGAAACUUUAAUAAAACCUCAAAUAACUCCUAUAUGAACUCUGGAAGUGGAGGAGGUGGAGGCAGUGGUGGUGGUGGUGGUGGAGGAGGUAUUGGAAGUGGUAGUGGUAAUGGUGGCAGUGGUGGUGGAAGUGGAAGUAAUAAUAGUACAAGUGGUGGAGGAGGUGGUGGUGGUGGUGGUGGAGGAGUUAUUCAUGAUCCACCCAGCACCACUCAGAACAGACACCCAAUCCACCCACCACACAUGAAUCAGGUCCACCACCCGCCCUUCCACCACCCACCAUUCAACCGUAACUAUGGAAAUGGCUACAACUACAAUGGUGGAGGUGGUGGUGGUGGUGGUGGCAGUGGAGGAGGUGGGGGUGGUGGAGGGUACAGAGGGAAUUACAGGGGAGGGUACAGGAGGUAGGCAGAGUGGGUGGAUUCUUCUCCACUUGUGUUUUGAUAUGAAGGUAGAGAGAUGGUGUGUGUGUGUGUGUGUGUGUGUGUGUGUGUGUGUGUGUGUGUGUGUGUGUGUGUGUGUGUGUGUGUGUGUGUGUGUGUGUGAGAGAGAGAGAGAGAGAGAGAGAGAGAGAGAGAGAGAGAGAGAGAGAGAGAGAGAGAGAGAGAGAGAGAGAGAGAGAGAGAGAGAGAGAGAGAGAGAUUGCAAUCCCUUCAUUCAGACUCAAUAAUUUAUCCCAAAACUCAAUAGGCAGCUUUAAAUACCCAGAUAUACCCAACCCCUCCACUCACACUAACCUUACUCAUUCAUGACACAAAGAUCCUUUACUUUAAGCAGGACUUGCAUAGAAGUAGUCGCUCCUGAAUGUUACCUCGCUAGUACAACAUGUGGGCUUCACUUACUCAUGCUGGUGGCUGGAGCUUUGUAGUGGAAGGAUGUGAUGUUUGGCAGAAGUGUUUGGUUUGGCCUUCUCUCUUGAACAUUUGGCAUGUGUAUGGUUUUUCUUUCUCCCUCUGAAAAAAGUUGUAUUUCUGAGGGUUAUCUCUCUUCCUCAAUAUUGUCACUCGUGUUUGGUUUUCUCUCUUCCUCCAUGCUCUGAAAAAAAAGUUGUAUUUGUGAGGAGUAUAUGAUUUUUCUAGCUUGUUUCAAGUAAAGCCUUUUUUUUUUUGUCUUCUUUCUUUCUCCAUGCUUUAAAGAAGUUAUAUUUGUGAGGGGUACUUUGCAAUAUUUCUAGCUUCUGAUAUUCUGUUUCAAGUAAAGCCUUUUGUCUUCCCUCUUUCUCCAUGCUCUGAAAAAAGUUCUAUUAGUGAGGAAUAACGCUAAGUCUACCUCCAUUACACUUCUGAUAUUCUGUUUCAGUUAAAGCCUUUUACACCCUCUCUCUUCCUUCUUCCAUGCCCUGGAAACAUAUUAGUGAGGGAUACAUGAACAGCUUCUCCUUUACACCUCCAAUAUUCUGUUCCAAGUAAAGCCUAGGCAUGAGAGAUGAACUCCUGCUUUUAUUCAGAGCUUUAGAGGAUCUAGUGCUUACAACAGAACCUCCAGUAACCAAAGAAAUAAUGGACAGUGCCAAGUUGAUCCUUCCUCAUGAUAAACCUCUGUAUUUACUUUCCUAUCAAGUGUGUUGGCUCACGUGAGGGAUAGAAGAUAGAGGAAUGGGUGAAAAAGGUGCAUGUUGACAGCAUAAUGAAGGAAGGGGAUAGAGGAAUGAAUGAAAUAUGAAAUGCAUUUCAAGUGUAUGAUAAAGAAUUGAUGAAGAAAAGGGAUAGAAAUGAAUGAAAGAUGAUGCAGUUUUGAGAACCUGAUGAAGAAUGAAUGAAAGAUGUAGAUGCAUUUUUAAAACAAUAAAGAAUGAAUGGAGGAAAGAGUGAAGGAAAGAGUGAAAGAUGAAGUGUGUUUAAAGAACAUGAUAAAGAAUGAAUGAAGGAAAGGGACAGAGGAACGAGUGAAAGAUGGAAGUGUAUUUAUAAGAGCACAAUAAAAAAAAACAAAUGAAGGAAGGACUGAAGUUUUGAAGACCUACAUGUGAUUAAUUAUGGCAAGGAGCUUAGGAGAGUUGAUUCAAUUAAUACAGUUAGGAACUCAAUAGGGAGCAGAGGAGAGAGAGAGAGAGAGGAGGGGGAGUUGGAAUCUGAUGAGGAGCUUAAUACUCAGUCCCUAUUGAUGUGUGUCUUCCUUGAGGUCACAGCAGUGUUUGGGUGUGGCUGCAAGAAUCAGCUUGUGCUGGUAUGGUGUUGAGAGGAGUGCGGUGGUGUGAUGUUGAGAAGAGAGGAGUGUGGUGGUGUGAUGGUGAAAGGAGAGGAGUGUGGUGAUGUGAUGGUGAAAGGACAGGAGUGUGGUGGUGUGAUGUUAAAAGGCGAGGAUGUGAUGUUAGUUAAGUCAGAUAUGAUUAUAUGUAACUGCAAUCAAAAGUUAUGCAUUAUUUAAAGUUGUGAUUUUUUUUUCUUUUUAUUUACUUGAAAAUGUGUGUGAGAGAGAGAGAGAGAGAGAGAGAGAGAGAGAGAGAGAGAGAGAGAGAGAGAAAGUCUAAUAUAUUUUGGUUUUGUAAUCUGUUUUCAUUUACUCACUUUUGUUUUGUUUAUUUUUCAUUUCUCAAUUUCCUUUCCUUCCCUCAACAACAGCAGGGAACAAGCAUUGCAAUUCACACCAUUUCUAUUCGUUCUGUACAUUAAUUCCCCUCGUCACCUGUUCUGUGUGUUUGUAUUUCAUUGCACAUACAAACUGGAGCCAGAUGAAGCAACUCUGUACAAUUAAGCAGGAAUAAAGAAUACAAUCA